CAGAAGAGUGCGAGUGGGAGUGCCGAGCAGAGGCAAGAAACCUAACAUCCUCUCUCAGCUUUCCAGAUUCCCUGCAGCACUUUGCGCUGUGCCGCUGUCAGCCCAGGGGAAGGAAGCGAUGUAAGCAGGGCAGGCUGGGAACUCCACUGUCUCGCCUCGGGGGAAAUGCCUCAGCUGAAGUUUCUCUAGGUCCAGCUUAGUGAAUAAAGACGCAUCGUUUUGGAAUUACUCAACAGCAGCUGUCACUACUGACACAUCCAUUUGCCUUGAGAAAAUGUUCGCCAUCCACUUGCUGGCUUUCCAUUUUGCAAAGCUAAAAGAGGAUCAAAUAAAAAAGGUUGACAGGUACCUGUACCACAUGCGUCUCUCCGACGAUGUCUUGCUGGACGUGAUGGCUCGCUUCCGGGCCGAGAUGGUGAAGGGCCUGGGCAGAGACACCAACCCCACAGCGACAGUCAAAAUGCUGCCUUCAUUGGUGCGCUCGCUUCCUGAUGGCUCGGAGAAGGGUGAUUUCCUCGCUGUUGACCUGGGUGGCUCCCAGUUUCGUGCCCUCGAAGUGAAGGUGUUUAAUGAUGGGAAACAGAGCAGCCAACUGGAGAGCAAGUUUUACCCUACACCAAAGGAAGUCAUACAGGGCAGUGGAGCAGAGCUCUUCAGUUAUGUUGCUGACUGUCUGUCAGACUUCAUGGAGUCCAGAAACCUGAAGCAUAAGAAGUUACCUCUUGGCUUUACGUUCUCUUUUCCAUGCAAACAGACCAAACUGGAAGAGGGAGUCCUUCUUUCCUGGACGAAACACUUCAAGGCCCGAGGAGUGCAGGGCACAGAUGUAGCGAGCUCUCUGCGCAAGGCCCUCCAGAAACAUAAGGACAUAGAUGUCGAUGUUUUGGCAAUGGUCAAUGACACUGUAGGAACCAUGAUGACCUGUGGUUACGAUGACCCACGCUGUGAAAUUGGACUCAUAAUUGGGACUGGCACCAAUGCAUGCUACAUGGAGGAUAUGAGGCACAUCGAUUUGGUGGAAGGUGAUGAAGGGAGAAUGUGCAUUAACACAGAGUGGGGUGCUUUUGGAGAUGAUGGUGCUUUGGAUGACCUCCGCACAGAGUUUGAUCGGGAGCUCGAUCUGGGAUCUCUCAAUCCUGGAAAACAAUUGUUUGAGAAGAUGAUCAGUAGCCUGUAUUUGGGAGAACUUGUAAGACUCAUUAUUCUUAAAAUGACAAAGGAAGGUCUGCUCUUCAACGGAAAAGUGUCAGCAGCUCUGCUUACUAAGGGCAAGAUUGAAAUGAAACAUGUGUCUGCAAUGGAAAAAUAUAAGGAAGGUCUGAGCAACACAAAAGAGAUCCUCACAGAGCUGAACCUGUUUCCCUCUGAAGACGACUGCAUCGCCGUUCAGCAUGUCUGCACCAUCGUGUCUUUCCGCUCGGCCAAUCUCUGUGCUGCAGCCCUAGCAGCCAUACUGACCCGACUGAGAGAGAAUAAAAAACUGCUACGGCUGCGAACCACUGUUGGGAUUGAUGGAGGGCUCUAUAAAACCCACCCCCAAUAUCCUAAACGCCUGCACAAGGUGGUGAGAAGGCUGGUCCCAAAUUGUGAUGUUCGGUUCCUCCUCUCUCAGAACGGCAGUGCAAAGGGGGCUGCCAUGGUGACAGCAGUGGCAUACAGGCUGGCUGCUCAGCGAAAGCAAAUUGAUGCUGUUCUUGCACCUUUCCUGCUAUCCCUGGAGACACUCAGAGAUGUAAAGAACAAAAUGAGGACCGAGCUGGAGUAUGGGCUAAAGAGAGAGACACAAGACAGGGCUACAGUGAAAAUGUUGCCCACGUAUGUCUGUGGGACACCAGAUGGAACAGAGAAUGGAAAAUACCUUGCCCUUGAUCUUGGUGGGACAAAUUUCAGGGUUUUGCUCGUCAAAAUUAGAAGUGGAAGAAGGAGAUCAGUACGAAUGUAUAAUAAAAUAUUUGCCAUUCCUUUGGAGAUCAUGCAAGGGACAGGGGAAGAGCUCUUUGACCAUAUAGUCCAGUGCAUAGCAGACUUCUUGGAGUAUAUGGGGAUUAAAGGUGCCCGCCUACCUCUGGGUUUCACCUUCUCAUUCCCAUGCAGGCAAGCCAGCAUCGACAAGGGAACACUUGUGGGAUGGACAAAAGGAUUCAAGGCAACUGAUUGUGAAGGGGAAGAUGUUGUUGAUAUGCUGAGGGAGGCCAUCAGAAGAAGAAAUGAGUUUGACUUGGACAUCGUAGCGGUGGUGAAUGACACUGUUGGGACAAUGAUGACUUGUGGAUAUGAGGAUCCAAACUGUGAGAUUGGCCUUAUUGCAGGAACAGGUAGCAAUGUGUGCUACAUGGAGGACAUGAAGAACAUAGAAAUAGUCGAAGGGAAUGAAGGAAAAAUGUGCAUUAAUACAGAAUGGGGAGGAUUUGGUGAUAAUGGUUGUAUUGACAACAUCAGAACAAAAUAUGAUAAAGAAGUAGAUGAAGGCUCGCUAAAUGCAGGGAAACAGAGAUACGAAAAAAUGACCAGUGGAAUGUAUCUAGGUGAAAUAGUGAGGCAAAUUUUGAUCGACUUGACCAAACAAGGACUGCUGUUCAGAGGACAGAUUUCAGAAUCACUCAGGAAAAGAGGCAUAUUUGAAACAAAAUUCCUAUCUCAGAUUGAGAGCGACCGGCUCGCCCUCCUCCAAGUCCGACGGAUUCUGCAGCAGCUCGGCCUCGACAGCACGUGUGAAGACAGCAUCAUUGUGAAAGAGGUGUGUGGAGCUGUUUCCAGGAGAGCUGCCCAGCUGUGUGGGGCAGGACUGGCGGCCAUUGUUGAGAAGAAGAGAGAAAACCGAGGUGUGGAGCACUUGCAAAUUACCGUUGGAGUAGAUGGGACUUUGUACAAACUUCAUCCACAUUUUUCUAGGGUCCUGCAGGAAACGGUGAAGGAACUGGCACCUCGGUGUGAUGUGACUUUCAUGCUCUCUGAAGAUGGGAGUGGGAAGGGAGCUGCUCUCAUUACUGCAGUAGCAAAAAGAUUGCAUAAUAUUGGACAGAAAUAAACAUAAGAAGUAAAUUCAUUUCAACACUACCAGCCAUGUGCACUAGAGAUUUAUUGACAAGUGAUUGAAGACAGCUUUGACAGACACCAGUGUACAGGUACCUGUUUUUCAGGGAGCAGCUGGUUAUAGAGCAGCCAAGAUUGUGGAUUUUUGUCCCUUGGACAUCUCUUGGGUCUGAUGUUUCUUCUCCCCACCAUUAUGUCUUGAAACAUUGCAGUGUACUCAAUUCUCUACUUCCUGAAGUGCAUCUAUAACAUGUAUGGGAGAGUCAGACAAACAAAAAAACCCAAUCCAACCAACCAACCAACCAAAAACCCAACAAUGUAUUUUUACAAUCGUUUAAUUAAGCUACUGUAGCGCAAGCAAAUCUAUCACAAGUUUCUUAGAUUUGAUGUGGUUUUUAGUUUUGACUUGGCCUGUCUCAAGGAAUGUUGAGAUCUAAUGUUGCACAUGUCUAAUGGACAUAUUUGUUUAAUGCAUCCCAGGUUUUACAAUAAAUCUGCAAGUAAAUAAAAUGAACGGGCUUUGGUCAGUGACCCCCCAGCACCCAGCUACAUUGGUUAUGAGUGUAUUGUAAUGUAGUAGUUCCCUGAAGUACUGGAGUAUGUUUAAUGAUGCAGUGAAAAAGAAGUGUGAUUCCAAAGAAUAUGUUUGUGCCAAAAUAUCUUAGUGCACUUCAGUGCACAUAGACAUAAACAGCACUGAAUGGAUUUUCAUUGAGACUACUUAUAUUUGGUUCUUGGGGAAAAAGAGGAUGUAGAAGCAGCUAGAAGGUCUGCCACGUGUGUGUUAGAUCUGUCCAAAGGGUAUCAUAUUGGUUCAUCUUUGGGCCAUCAAAAUAGCUUUGUAGAGAGGAAAAAAGAAUCACUUGGAUUUCUGAAAUUCUCCUAUUUGUUUUCCCUCAGUGAUCUGCAUGCCUGUUUGAGGAAGGAUAACUUCCAUUUUGUGGAAGGGACUUUAUCCUUGCCUUUCGUUGUCUGUUGCCUGCUGCUUUGCCUGUCUGCAGUUUGUUGUAAAUAAAUCCAUGGUGCUAUGAGUCUUUGCUUCUCUGUCUAGUGCCUCUUCUGAGCUGUGGGAAGAACAUACAGGCAAGUAGGAACUUUCUUUAAAUCAAGGUAUAACAGUACUCAGCAGCAUUGCAGUUAUUACAAAAGUGGCUUUCAGAAAGGACCUAACUGGAGCCAAAUUUACCUUUACACUAAUGAAGCGCUGUUUAAUUUAUCAUUAGCUUACCCAAAGGCCUGCAAACCAGGAAAAUAACUCAUGCUCUUGUGUCACCAAAUGUCCUUCCCCUGAUGUGCACAUUUCAGAGUAAACUGAAACAAUAAUGUGGUGCAGAGAAGCAGCAGAUCUGGAGCUUGCUAUUCUGUUCUCAAAUAUUACAGGAUCUCCUGAGAUCCUCUGUUCUUGAGUAGUUGCUUCUACUCAGGCAGGCAGCAGAAAGUGGGGCCAAAAAAUAUACUGUAAGCCUUAGAUGGACCAAAAGUAACUACUGUGCAGGGGGAUAAGCAGCUGAAUUUAUAUAAAAAUCUGAAUAAGGCCAAUGGGUCUAAAUUUAGCAAUGGCAAAUACAAAAAGUAUUUGGUGGCACAUAUACCAUGACAUACACAAAAAGAAGAUACCAACCUUUUCUAUUUUGUAGAUUUUUUUAGAAGAAACAUGUCAGCAUCCCUGUGUGUGUGCUGGGGCCACAGGAUGGGUAAAGAAUAAGAGCUGGAAAUAAUUUUUAUUUUUAGAAGGAGUUCCUCACCAUACAGAGCUCCCUGUACAGGGCAACUGAGAAGAGAUAUGUUAUGAAGCCACAUGUACUGUUUUCCUCCUUCUGUCAAGCAGCUUAGUAUUUUAAUUUUGUCUUUAUUUCUGAAUCCACCGAUUCACAGAAACUGAAGCUUGCUAUGCAGGGGGUGCAAAGUUAUUUGGAGCUGGCUGUUUUCCUAAUGAUGAAGAGACUAAAUUCAGUGGGACAAGGUACAGCAAAAAGCCGUCCUGGCUUGGGGCUUUGUGGAGCCUAGAAAUAGCUCUUCUGUGUUGGCUGUUUCUCCCCUGGGCACUCUGAGAUCUUGUAUUCGUUGUGUACUUCUGGGUCCUUUUGGGGGAUUGGAUUGUGCUAAUCUGCAAAAGUGCGCCCGUGGGUGAAAUAUGUCCCUCUAUAGCUGGAGGGAGGUGACAUGGACUUGCCCCAGAAUGGCCACGUGAGUAUGAUGCAGAGAUCUAUCGCACUUCUGUUCUAAAGCCUGCUCUGCACAACUGGAAUGCAAAUCAGUAACAACACAAGGUAAACCACUUGCACAGAUCCUUGCUUUAGAAAUUUAAAUCGUAUUGCUUUGGAUUUUUUUUUUAGUCUUCUUUGGGAAGUUAAAUAUUCAUACAGUUUAUACCUCAGCUGCAGUAGAUUAGGCCCACACAAUUAAAAAAUACAUAUAUUUUUACAUCUACAGGGUUUAUUUGUUUAUUUUUCUUUCUGUUGAAUCCGUGGGUGGUGUGGAAUCUGAUCACAUGAACUUGAAAUGCUGCUUGCAAAGUGCCUGGUGACUUACAGCUCGUAUUGCAGUCCCUAAGGCCCAGGACACGCAUGUUCCUGCUUUUCCUGCAGGUUGGUGCAAACUCAGCCAGCUGCCACAUGGAUCUGUUAACACGUCUGCUGGGCAGGGAGAUGGCAUCUGGGCUGGGAGGAUGCAGCAUUUGUGUCCCUGAUUGUGCUGAUGUGUGGAAACUCAAGGAGUAAUGCAAACUUGCAUACUGUCUUGUAUGGAUUUUAAGCCACCAAACCUAAAUCUUUCUCUAUGUGUUUUAUGUGGUGACUCAGUUAGAAGCCCUGUUUUAAAAUAAAGGUGGAGGCCUCCCAUUAACUAUGAAAGAUAUUCUGAAAAACACAGCACAACUGGUCGCAUAAAAUUGUUAAUUAGUGUAAAAUAAAAUGAGAUUCUUCUGGUUUCACA